AAUAAUCACUCAUAUGGGUAGGGUAGUCCGGUAAUUCUCCAAAACCUAAUCCUACCGUAAAGAAAAUAGAUGGAGAAAAAGAAUAGGAGAGGGGUAUCAUGAUAAUUUUCCGAACAGAACGGGCUAUUUUUCUCUCUUUUUUCACCAAAAUCCCCGUUGAUAAAAACAGAGUCUUCUUGAUAUCGUGUUGCAGAGGAUAAGAGAAGCGGUUCUCCAGGAGUUUAUCGUUUCUUCAUACUUCUUUUUUUUUUUUUUUUGGUAGAAAUCUCUCCUUCAUAAUUCAAAAGCAGAGAGAGAGAGAGAGAGAGAGAGCUACCUUUUUUAAAACGGCGAGGAAAUCGGGUUUUAGGAUUCUGGGUUUGGAAGGAUAGACAAUCAAGGAAAAGUAGGGUGGUCCUUCAGAUUUUCUGUAGGGUUUUAAUUUCUGGUCUUCUGCUCUUCUACUCCCGAAGAUCCUCAUUGCGAUUAAGUUUCUGGAGAAGAGGAAGAAGAAGAAAGAUGUCUCCGCACAGAGAAACGAGUCAGGGGAUUCAGGACCCGUUUAAAUCCUGGAAAAUAUUCACCACCGCGGCUGACAGAAGCGGCGAGAUUUUAUCACUAUUGAUGAAAGGAGCCCUCGUCAUCUUCUUCUUGGUUUCGAUUUCUCUCGUCUUCUUUUCCGCUUUCUCCGACCAGAACCACUGGUUCAGAUGCCCACAAUGCGACGGCAUCAUCAGGAAUUUCGGUCGAAAGGGCAUAAUUCCUGUGGCCACCGUUGAUCUUGGUCAUGAAAUUACCAACAUUUCCCACAUCCAAUUCGGAAUCGGAGGUUCAGUAAAGUCAUGGAAAGAUCGCCGGCAUUACAGCGAGUUAUGGUGGAAACCCAACAUCACACGCGGCUUCGUCUGGCUCGACGAGCGGUGGCCUGAGAACGAGACCUGGCCGGAAGCUUCGCCACCGUAUAGAGUGUCGGAGGACUCAUCGAGGUUCAAGUAUACCAGUAUGUACGGUUCCCGUUCCGCAGUUCGGAUCGCUCGAAUCGUGUUGGAGAGUUUCCGGUUAGGGUUAGAGAAUGUGAGAUGGUUCGUGAUGGGAGACGAUGAUACUGUCUUCUUCGUGGAGAACCUAGUUACUGUACUGUCCAAGUACGAUCACCGUCAGAUGUACUACAUCGGAGGGAUCUCGGAGAGUGUGGAGCAAGAUGUGAUUCACUCUUACGGCAUGGCUUACGGUGGCGGUGGUUUCGCGAUCAGUUACCCUCUCGCAGCUGAGCUUGUUAGGGUUCUUGACGGUUGCAUUGACCGUUACGCCUCUUUCUACGGCUCUGAUCAGAAGAUUCAAGCUUGUGUAACUGAAAUUGGGGUCCCAAUCACCAAUGAGCUCGGCUUCCAUCAGGUUGAUAUACGAGGAGACCCGUACGGAUUACUAGCGGCGCACCCGAUGGCACCGCUGGUGACGCUGCACCAUCUGGAUUAUGUGCCGCCGCUGUUCCCGGCGGCGACGGAAAAGGGACGGAGCCAGAUUGAGUCGUUGAGAAAAUUGAGGGAGGCGUAUGAGGUAGAUCCAGGGAGGACAUUGCAACAGAGUAUAUGUUACGAUCUGGAGAGGAAUUGGUCUUUGUCCAUUGGGUGGGGUUUCACGGUUCAAUUGUAUCCGUCGAUUUUAACGGCGAAGCAACUGCAGACGACACUUCAGACGUUCCAGACUUGGAGGAGCUGGAGUAACGAGCCCUUCACUUUCAAUACCAGGGCUUUGAGCUCUGACCCGUGUGAGCGUCCACUCUUUUACUUCUUUGACGGGGUGGAAGUGGAAGAAAAGGGAAAGUCGGUAACCUCUUACAGUUGGUUCGUUUCUGAACCGGACAAGGUCUGUGAAAAGCCUCAUUACGCCCCUGCUUUGGCUGUGCAAUCCAUCAACAUCUCCGCUCCCAGGCUGAAUCCUGACCAUUGGAAAAAGGCGCCACGAAGACAAUGCUGUGAGAUAGUGAAGAGAAGAGAUGGAAAGAAAGCGGACAGCGUUAUUGAAGCGACGAUUAGAAGCUGUCAUCCUGGGGAGUCUGUCACGCCACCUUGAAAGGCUUAUUACACAACACGCAACAGAAAUAGUCUGUCCACAGCCUCACAGCCUCACAGCCUCACAGCCACACAUUUGGUCUCCUCCUCUUCUUGUAUAUAUUUACUUCAAUUUUAAAUUAUAAAGACAAUUAGAGGGAGAGAAAUUAGAAUAUUAACACACACAUUAACAAUAGUAGUAGUUUUUGUUAUUUACAGAAAAAUAAAAAUGAAAAGAGAGGCAGUUUACUGCUUUUGUCUAGUUUUAUUUGUAUUUAGUUAGGUUUUUAGAUCUCUGAAGCUCUGAUUGUUGAUUAAUCAUCUAAUUAAUCAAGGGUUUAAUCAGACGGUCAAGCUGAUCAACACCUCCGUUGGUGUCAUGUAGCCUUGUAACUCAAAUUUUAUUGUACUGAAGUACCCAUUUCUUGUUUUGUCGAUGUA